AUGGCUAGUCAUAUCAUCGGCAACCGCAAUAGCACCCCGGAAGCUUCCAAAUCUUCUCUUCGGCCUCCUUCGUCGUCUCGGAAUCUAGCUACCCACCAGCUCCGCGCAUCUGCCGACAUGUCCGGUUUUCCUUCUCCUCUCUCCUCCCGCAGUAUCCGCCCUGCAUCCGAGGUAUACUUCAAUCAGCAAGCGCAAACGCCAGGAAAUGCGGAGGAUCCUCUGGAUCGGGCAGCCCAACAGUGGCUGGCCGAUAUUGACCAGUACGAAACCACCUUGGAGGAAAUGGCUGCAGCGACGCUAGACCAGGACUUCAAGGAUGAACUCAGUGCCAUAGAGCAGUGGUUUCGCGUACUGAGUGAGGCGGAACGGACCGCUGCCUUGUAUGCUCUGUUGCAGCAGACUACUCAGGUGCAAAUUCGCUUCUUCAUUCAGGUUUUGCAGCAAAUGGCCAAAAGUCAUCCCAUGUCGGGCCUGCUGUCUCCUGCAAACUUUGGAGAGAAGGGGAUAGACGCCAUGUCCAACCGUUUGAACGAUGCCAUGUCAAAGCUCAAUGUCGACAGUUCUCGAAACUCUCUGGGUCGCCCUCCUCCUUCGCCGGGCGCCAAACGCAACUCCGGACUUGACUCUUCUACCAUUAAUGCCAUGUUUCCCGAUGCAGCUGCAGCUAUCGCGAAAAAGAAGGCCGAAUUCACCCAACAGACUGGAAACGCGCCGCCGUCCAACAGGAACAGUGCGGUGUUCAAUGAGCGGACAUCUUUUGUUGCUCCCACUAUCUCUGCACCUGACAACAGUGCAGACAACCUGAGCCAGCCACCGGUGUCGCCCUGGGCUCAGCGCGGUGCGUCAGAGCCUCAGCCACCUAUCGCUCGGCCAAAGUCGUCUUCUGGUCAGCAGCCUAUGGGGCAAUUCAACCAGUCUGGCUUGCGCUCUCCUCUUCCCACAAGUCAGACUGCGACCAUUCCUGCUCCUGAGAUCGAGGCUCCGUUGCUGUCACCGUAUAAUGUUAAUGCCAGCUGGGCUUCCAUGACCAACACCCCAAUGACUGCAACCUUUGGCUCGCAGCUUGGAGCACCGCAUCAGCAGGGAUCUGAUAUGGUGGCUAAUGCUACAGCAAUGAAGCUGGCUGCUCUGUCGACCGUAAACAACCGCAUCGCACUGGAUGACGCUCGCAAGUACCGUCGCGCUCGGUCGAACGAUGGCCAAGGAAAGAACGCUUCUAACAAUACCGGAGCACAAUCCAUUCAGGGAGGUCUGGCUAGCCCAGGUCUGCCUGUAGCUGGACAGCUUCUGAAUGCCCAGCAGUUUGCCGCUUUGCAAGCCCAACAACAGGCGGCAAUGGCGGGUCACCGGUCGCGGCCGACAUCGCCCGGCAUUGCCAUGCAAGGUGGCGCCUUGGGUCCCAUGGGAUUCACUUCUCCCCAAAACAACGGAUUUUUGACUGCAUACGAUCCGAACAACCCGCUCAUUGGCAAUGGCUUGGGCGCACUUGGCAUGGGUCAAUUUGGGCUGAGUGGUCAUGAGGGCUAUCUUUCCGACCACUCUGAGAUCAACCGAGGUCGUUCUCCUCGUGGCCGUCGUGGCAGUUCGAAGCCACCAGAGGACCCCACCGACCCGAAUCUUCUCAAGGAUAUUCCCAGCUGGCUGCGUUCCUUGCGGUUGCACAAGUACACGGAUAACCUGAAAGACCUGAAAUGGACCGAGCUGAUUGAGCUCAACGACAAGCAGCUAGAAGAGCGCGGUGUCAAUGCGCUCGGCGCCAGGAACAAGAUGCUCAAGGUUUUUGAGCAAGUCAAGGAAGCCAAGGCCGAAGGAAAACUCGACAAUGCCACGGCUUGAUAUGCACAUGGUUGACAAUUUGCGUUGGACAUUCCGUUCUUUUAUUUAUGUUACAUUCGCUCUGCUGCAUUAAUUUGACUAGAUUGGCUCUGGGCAUAAGUGGCAGGAUCCGUUAUUUCCUAUGAAAGAUCUUGGAGGAGAACGCUACUGCAUCCGGGCCGGACACCUGCUGGCCAGCCAGUGGAAGCCUGAGAGCUGAUUGAUUGUAUGUUGUAUGUACCGUUUGAUGGAUGUGAUGUGAUGACGGGGCGAGUUGAGGGACCCGGCUGUGUCUCAAGCGUUCCAGAUAAUUACGACGAGCACGUAAUAUUGAGUGCAAUAGUGAUAAAUA